GGAGCGGGCCAUGGCUGUAGGUGGUUGGCCGGUGUAGCGCCGCGCGGGGCAGGCGGGAGGCGACCGAGAGAGGCGGGGAUGAGGGCACCUCAGCUGCAUGGUCGCGGUGGCUUGGGCUGCUGACCGCGUCCCCGGAGCCAGGAGUAGGCGGCGGCGGAGCACCGGGCAGUGUGUCUUCUAAUUUGAAAGUCUUCAUGAGAACUUCAGUUUAAAAAAAUAAUGCCAUCUUCUGAUAAAAUAAGACUGAAAUGGGGGCUGUCAUUUUGAGGGCCCCAUGGUUAUGAAUGUGCUUCAAUUUCAUAAUGCCUCCUGCUAUGGCAGACAUCCUUGACAUCUGGGCAGUGGAUUCACAGUUAGCAUCUGAUGGCUCCAUACCUGUGGAUUUCCUUUUGCCCACUGGGAUUUAUAUUCAGCUGGAGGUUCCUCGGGAAGCUACCAUUUCCUAUAUUAAACAGAUGUUAUGGAAGCAAGUUCACAAUUACCCAAUGUUUAACCUCCUUAUGGAAAUUGACUCCUAUAUGUUUGCAUGUGUGAAUCAAACUGCUGUAUAUGAGGAGCUUGAAGAUGAAACAAGAAGACUCUGUGAUGUCAGACCUUUUCUUCCAGUUCUCAAAUUAGUGACCAGAAGUUGUGACCCAGGGGAAAAAUUAGACUCAAAAAUUGGAGUCCUUAUAGGAAAAGGUCUACAUGAAUUUGAUGCACUGAAGGAUCCCGAAGUGAAUGAGUUCCGAAUAAAAAUGCGCAAAUUCAGUGAGGAAAAGAUUCAGUCGCUUGUGGGAUUGUCUUGGAUGGAUUGGCUAAAGCAGACAUACCCACCAGAACAUGAACCAUCCGUCCUUGAAAACUUAGAAGAUAAACUUUAUGGAGGAAAGCUCAUUGUGGCUGUUCAUUUUGAAAAUUGUCAGGAUGUGUUUAGCUUUCAAAUAUCUCCUAAUAUGAAUCCUAUCAAAAUAAAUGAACUGGCAAUCCAAAAACGUUUGACUAUUCAUGGGAAAGAAGAUGAAGUUAGUCCCUAUGACUAUGUGUUGCAAGUAAGUGGGAGAGUAGAAUAUGUGUUUGGUGAUCAGCCACUCAUUCAGUUCCAGUAUAUUCGGAACUGUGUAAUGAACAGGACUUUGCCCCAUUUUAUGCUUGUGGAAUGUUGCAAGAUCAAGAAGAUGUAUGAGCAGGAAAUGAUUGCCAUAGAGGCUGCCAUAAAUCGAAAUGCAUCAAACCUUCCUCUUCCUUUACCACCAAAGAAAAUGCGAAUUAUUUCUCAUGUUUGGGAAAAUAACAACCCUUUCCAGAUUGUCUUGGUUAAGGGAAAUAAACUUAACACAGAAGAAAGUGUAAAAGUUCAUGUCAGGGCUGGCCUUUUUCAUGGUACUGAACUCCUCUGUAAAACCAUCGUAAGCUCAGAGAUAUCAGGGAAAAAUGAUCACAUUUGGAAUGAACCACUGGAAUUUGAUAUAAAUACUUGUGACCUGCCACGAAUGGCUCGAUUAUGUUUUGCUGUUUAUGCAGUUCUGGAUAAAGUGAAAACAAAAAAGUCAACUAAAACUAUUAAUCCCUCUAAAUACCAGACCAUUCGGAAAUCUGGGAAAGUGCAUUAUCCUGUAGCAUGGGUAAAUACGAUGGUUUUUGACUUUAAAGGACAGUUGAGAUCUGGAGACAUAAUAUUGCACAGCUGGUCUUCAUUUCCUGAUGAACUUGAAGAAAUGUUGAAUCCAAUGGGAACUGUUCAAACAAAUCCAUAUACUGAAAAUGCAACAGCUUUGCAUAUCAAAUUCCCAGAAAAUAAAAAACAACCUUAUUAUUAUCCUCCCUUCGAUAAGAUAAUUGAGAAGGCGGCUGAGAUUGCAAGCAGUGAUAGUGCUAAUGUAUCAAGUCGAGGUGGAAAAAAGUUUCUUGCUGUACUAAAAGAAAUCUUGGACAGGGAUCCCUUGUCUCAAUUGUGUGAGAAUGAAAUGGAUCUUAUUUGGACUCUGCGGCAAGAUUGCAGAGAGAAUUUCCCACAGUCACUGCCAAAAUUACUGCUGUCAAUCAAGUGGAAUAAACUUGAGGAUGUUGCUCAGCUUCAGGCACUACUUCAGAUUUGGCCUAAACUGCCCCCCCGGGAGGCGUUAGAGCUUCUAGAUUUCAACUAUCCAGAUCAGUACGUGAGAGAAUAUGCUGUGGGCUGCCUGCGACAGAUGAGUGAUGAAGAGCUCUCUCAAUAUCUUUUACAACUGGUGCAAGUUUUAAAAUAUGAGCCUUUUCUUGAUUGUGCCCUCUCUAGAUUCCUAUUAGAAAGAGCACUGGCUAAUCGGAGAAUAGGGCAGUUUCUCUUUUGGCACCUUAGGUCAGAAGUGCAUAUUCCUGCUGUCUCAGUACAAUUUGGUGUUAUCCUUGAAGCAUACUGCCGGGGAAGUGUUGGGCACAUGAAAGUGCUUUCCAAGCAGGUUGAAGCACUCAAUAAGUUAAAAACUUUAAAUAGCUUAAUCAAACUGAAUGCAAUGAAGCUAAACAGAGCCAAAGGGAAGGAGGCCAUGCAUACUUGUUUAAAACAGAAUGCUUACCGGGAAGCCCUUUCUGACCUGCAGUCGCCUCUGAAUCCAUGCGUUAUCCUCUCAGAACUCUAUGUUGAAAAGUGUAAAUACAUGGAUUCCAAAAUGAAGCCUUUGUGGCUCGUUUACAACAACAAAGUGUUUGGUGAAGAUUCAGUUGGAGUGAUUUUUAAAAAUGGUGAUGAUUUACGACAAGAUAUGUUGACACUCCAGAUGCUGCGUUUGAUGGAUUUACUUUGGAAAGAAGCUGGUCUGGAUCUUCGGAUGCUGCCUUAUGGCUGCUUAGCGACAGGAGAUCGCUCUGGCCUCAUUGAAGUUGUGAGCACCUCUGAAACAAUUGCUGACAUUCAGCUGAACAGUAGCAAUGUGGCUGCUGCAGCAGCCUUCAACAAAGAUGCCCUUCUGAACUGGCUUAAAGAAUACAAUUCUGGGGAUGACCUAGACCGAGCCAUUGAGGAGUUUACCUUGUCCUGUGCCGGCUACUGUGUAGCUUCUUAUGUCCUUGGGAUUGGUGAUAGACAUAGUGACAACAUUAUGGUCAAAAAAACCGGCCAGCUCUUCCACAUUGACUUUGGACAUAUUCUUGGAAAUUUCAAGUCUAAAUUUGGCAUUAAAAGGGAACGGGUGCCUUUUAUUCUUACCUAUGAUUUCAUUCAUGUGAUUCAACAAGGAAAAACAGGAAACACAGAGAAGUUUGGCCGCUUCCGCCAGUGUUGUGAGGAUGCAUAUCUGAUUUUACGACGGCACGGGAAUCUCUUCAUCACUCUUUUUGCACUGAUGUUGACUGCAGGGCUUCCUGAGCUUACAUCAGUCAAGGAUAUACAGUAUCUUAAGGACUCUCUUGCCUUAGGGAAGAGUGAAGAAGAAGCACUCAAGCAAUUUAAGCAAAAAUUUGAUGAGGCACUCAGGGAAAGCUGGACUACUAAAGUGAACUGGAUGGCCCACACAGUUCGGAAAGACUACAGAUCUUAAUGAUCAGCCUUUGCUCCUAAUGUAUUUGUUGGUUUUGUUUAGUUUUCAGUUUGCACUUGCACUAAAUUGAACAUGACCCUGCCAGAGAUGUUACAAAGGGAAUGAAAUCCUGGAACUCAGUUAAAUUAAGAACAAGGCAUCCCACAGAACCUAAUCUGAACAAUCCCCAGUGACCACCCUCUGCUUCAUUGAAUGCUUCCAAGAUUCAUCAUAAAAACUCCCAACAUAAUGGAUAAUCAUUUCCUGCUGACUUUGCACGCCGAAGAAUGCUACUAGAGAUUGUUUUCUGUCUUAUUCUUCUCCUCCUCCUCCUCCUUCUCCUCCUCCUCCUCCUUCUUCUUCUCCUUCUUUUUAAGUAUUUGGUACUUUUCCAGAAAGGUGUAAAUACUUCUUUUUGUAUUGUGACCAAGUGUUAUCACUCAGCCAACUUAUCCACACCUGGGGACUGGUAGUUGUUCUUACUUUCCAAAUGAGGCUUAAAAGAAAGGUAUCUUUCUUCCCUUUUUAAAUUAUAUCACCUAUAAAUUAUAACAUAAUUUGAAGUUAUUGUUAUUUUUCAAAAGAAACCUUUAAAUCUGUAGAAAGAGUAACUCUUUUUGUUGAUAUUUAUCUACCGUGACAGCAUCAUUCCUACCAGACUUGGUGAAAAUCUGCUCAUGAGGCAAAUAUAAUAUAUAUGCUGCAUAUAUAUUUAUAAAUUUCUAGUGGGAGUUCUAUAUAAAAAGACAUUUCUUUGUUUUUUUCUGUUUUUUAAAGUUUUACAAAAAGCAGAGCUUUUUCUUGUUACUUUUUUAGUUAACUGUAUGAGAUCCAGUUCUUCCAGUUGCUUCUGUAAUGAGGCACAUAGUAAUUUCAGUUUUACAUGGUAUCUAUGAAAGAGUUCACUUCAUAGAGCAUAAUACUUGAGCAAAUACAUCCAAGACAAAAAGCAAAUGAAAAGAAACUAUUUAUAGAAUCAUCUCCAGACCUAAAAUUCAGUAUUUUAGUAAAAUGCCAGCUGUUCUUACUGUAUUUAUUAAAACUUAUAAUAAUGUGAUUUUUCAAGGAUAUUAGUUCAAAUUGAAAUGGUUCCAUGCCACAUGGAAUUCUUUAAUUUAUUUGUUGAGGUACCAUACAUUUAGGGUGCUAGAUGGCAAAUAAUGUUAAUAUGUGCAAUAAGAACUACUGGUUUGAAUGUGUAAAUGGAUGCUCUUUCAGAGUACUGGCAAUAUCCAGCAAAACUACUGCUUUUUCUCCAAAGACUUUUGGGAGCUCUCAAUCCUCAGUGACAUGAGAAAGAGAACUGAGUAUUUACCCUGUGACUGAGUUUUCUAUAGGAAUUUUAUUAAAGAUUGUUUAAUUUUGUUGUUCUCCUUCAUGUUCUCAGUCAAAUAAAUGGGUGAGCUGGUUUCAGCUGA